GACCAUGUAAAAAUGAUGGAAUUUCCCUGCAACUUGCUGUCUGUGAAAAUCAUACAAAUAAAAAAUCUACAAAGGGCUGAGAUAUGAAUCUCAAGAAUGGACAGGGGACCACUCAGGAAGAAAAGUCAACUUCUGCAAAAUGCUGCAGUUAGAUUGUUAUCAGGAGCAAAAUGGAAUGAAUGGAACCAGCAGCAUCUUUAUCCAGUCUAAUUGCUAUGUGAGCUUGUUCCUGCCAACGGCUUCAUUUGAAAGGGUUCAGACCAAGACUAUCAAGGACUGCCAGGAUCCAUUGUGGAAUGAAACCUUCACCUUUAGGAUACAGAAGGCAGUCAAAAAUGUUUUAGAGUUGAUGGUUCAUGAUGAAGAUAACUGCUUCCUGGAUGAUCACCUUCUCACUAUUCUUUUUGAUGUUUCUAAAAUUCAGCUUGGAGAAACUAUUUGCCUCACAUUUCCAUUGGACCCAAAAAUUCAAGAAGAGCUAGAGGUGGAGUUUAGACUGGAGACCAACCCAGUUCCUCUUGAAAAAAUUGUUACUAAUGGCGUAUUAGUGUCUCGUGAAAUUUCCUGCUUGGAGGUACAGGUAGACAUGGAAAAGAUGAAGAAGGAGCCAACAGAUAAAAGCUUAACAUUUACUGUGCAAGGAUCCUGUGAAGAAACAGAGAACUUCUCACUGAGCUCUGCUAUGCAUUCCACUGAUCCUGUUGUGUUUCACUACGUAAAAUAUCAGCAAUCUGUGUUGGAAAUUGACUCAUCAAAGAAAUUAUAUACCACAUGCUUUCCUACUCCUUGUGGAAAUGCUAACACAGAAGAAAAAGUUUGCUUCACUUUGCCUCUGGACCCUGUUUCUAUCAAAAAGGAAGUACCCAUAGACAAGAACAAAACUAUUGAUUUAAAUAUGAAGGUACAAGAUUGGCCAAGAGGCCUAGAUGUACGUUUGGGGUAUGAAUUAUGUAUGGAGGAAAAAAUACUGGUACAGAAGCGGAAGAGGCUUGCUGCAGCUACCCUGAAAAAGGUUCUCUGCUUAGAACAGGAUCUGGAGGACCAUGAGGUACCUGUGGUGGCUGUCAUGUCAACAGGGGGUGGUGCUAGAGCUUUCACUGCUUUACAUGGCAACCUAUUUGGUCUACAAAAACUGAAUCUUUUAGAUUGUCUUACAUAUAUCUCUGGGUCUUCGGGCUCCACAUGGGCCCUGUCAAAUCUGUAUGAAAAUGCUAAUUGGUCACAGGAAGAUCUUUCAGGAGCAAUAGCAGAAGCUCGCAAGCACAUGACUGAAUGCGAGCGGAAUGUGUUUUGCCUGGAAAACUUAAAGGAGUACAACAAAGCAUUGGAGCAGCGGGAAAAGGAAGGCUACAAAACAUGUAUUACUGAUCUUUGGGGACUUUUCAUUGACAAAACAUUAGGCAAUGGGAAGCCGAACUGCACACUCUCAGGGCAGAAGCUUGCACUGAAUCAUGGUCAGAACCCACUACCUAUAUACAUGAUUCUCAACACGAGGGACAAGUACAGCCUUUCAGAAUUUAAAGAAUGGAUGGAAUUCACUCCCUAUGAGGUUGGAUUACUAAAAUAUGGCGCCUAUAUUCGUUCUGAGGAUUUUGGAAGCAAAUUCUUUAUGGGUCGGAUGAUGAAGAAAGUUCCAGAAUCUGGAAUCUGCUACAUGAAAGGUUUGUGGAGUAAUAUAUUUUCCUAUAACUUGCUGGAUGCCUGGCAAGGACGUGAUGUUCCAGGAGAAAGUUGCUGGCACAGAAAUACCCGAGACAGUAUAAGCAACAUUGAAGAAAGGCCUCCUCAACCACUAACACCAUAUCAGUUGGAUACUUAUCUGGUUGCCCCUGCCUGUGAAUUUUCUAAGUUCCUUCGUGAAGUUCUAACAAAAAGUUUGACAUCAGAGAUAUACAAUUUCAUACAGGGAUUGCAGCUGAAUGAUGGGUACCUUGAUAACAAGAACUUUGAGAUAUGGAAAGAUACUAUAUUCGAUACUCUUCCCAACAACCUGACAACAACAUCAGAAUACCUGUCCCUUGUAGAUACCGCAGCCUAUAUUGACGUCAGCUACCCCCCACUCAUGAGGCCAGAAAGAAAAGUGGACAUCAUUGUGCAUUUAAAUUAUUCUUCAGGAUCGCAAAAUUUAUCUUUAUUAAGAGCCUCUCAGUACUUUGCAAAGCAAGGAAUUCCAUUCCCCAAAAUAGAUUUGGGUAAUGUUCAAGACAAGGAUCUCAAGGAGUGCUAUGUCUUUGAAGAUGCUGAAGACUCAAGAGCCCCAAUUGUGGUUUUUUUCCCUCUGAUAAAUGACUCCUUCCGAAAAUAUAAAGCACCAGGUGUGAAACGCAGCCCCUGGGAAUUGAAAGAAGGUGAAGUUGAUGUGAUUAGUCCACUUUCCCCAUAUGGAUUACAAAACUUGAGAUACACAGAGGAGGAGUUUGAUAAACUGGUGGAACUGACAAGCUACAACAUCCAGAAUAAUAAAAACAUGAUCCACUGGGCUUUACAAAGAGCUGUAGAGCGAAAACAGAAGAAAUAAAAUGCUAUGCUAAAUGUA